AGGGGUGUGUGGUGCAGAUCUGCUGGUUUCUAAUGGUCCGUUCUAGGUCAAGCCUCUAGAAAAAGAAAGAAAUAGCAGUAGAAAUUUGCCUGGAUGACUCUCUAUUGUACCAUAUUCCCUUUCAUUUUGCUGUGAUAUAUCUCUAUUUAUGUGUGCUGAGGACGGAACCCCGGACCUUGGGCAUACUGAACAAGGACUCCUACCACUGAGCUGCAUUCUCAGGCCCUACUUCGUGUAUUUUCAUCCUUGAACUGUUUAAAAAAAAAAAAAAAAGACGUUGCUCUCCCAACUUAGGGAAGGAACCAAGCAAACAAGAGUUCGUAUUGCUGCCCAUCUGUGCUUGUCUCCGUGCAUCCCCAUAAGUCACCUUAGUCACAACGAAUCAACUGGGCCAUGGAGGCAAGGGUUCAGCUAGUGAGACCUAAGCCCAGGUGAGGCGGAACGGAGCUGAGGCUAUUGGAGAGCACCUAGCCUAAGACGUCCGCCCCCUGGAGAGCGUUUGUUUAUCUUCCGUUCUACCCGCCACCUGGGACCGCCCAGCUCUAGCUCUGCGCAGCCUCCUGGAGUUGUUGGCCGUCUCUAUGGCAACCCGGUAGCCGGCGUUUGAAAAAUGGAGACGACCGAGUCUACGGAGGAAUCUCGGUCGCGAUCUUUAGAAGUACACCCCAGCUCCGAAGGACUAGAGACCACUUCAGAACCCAUUCCUUCUUCAGGGGGCAGUCCUAAGCCAGCCCUAGAGGCCGUAACUGUUCCGGGGGUUCUGUGUAAAGAGGCUCAUGGGCCGUAUUCUGUGCUCACAGAGCCCUCUUCCGACAGUCUUCCGGAAGCUUCCUGCCCUAGAUCCCAUCCGAUAGGCCAUGGGAGGUUUGGCUAUCAGCCCCUCUAUAUUUCUUAUAUACCUCGGAAUCCCUGUGCCAAAGACCCCAGCUCAAGCCCUGCUCCUGCCUCUUCUUAUCCUGGCCAUAGCUCUGGUCACAGCUCUGGUCCUGGCUCGGGCUCGGGCUCUGGUGUUGGCCAGAGCUCUGAUACCGGCCAGAGCUCCAGAGGUCCUAUCUCUGGACCUGCUCUCGCCCAUGGGCCUGGUCUUGCCUCCGGACCUGGUCCUGCUGACUCUGGACCUGGUCCUGCUGACUCUGGACCUGGUCAUAAGUUCAGCUCCGGUGUUCCUCAGGGGUUCCGAAACCCGCCGCCAGACCUCCCUUAUUCUAGCACAUGGGAACGGUACUACUGCUGUGUGCCAUGCCACCAACCCUGGGAACCUCUGCAAGUCUCAGAACCCGGAGUCCGAGGGACAUGGAAACCCCCAGAGGUGGAGAGGAAACCUGAGUUCCUCUGUAAAACACGGCCGCGUGGCCAGUGUCUCCUCUACAACUGGGAUGAAGAGAGAGCCACCAACCACUUGGAUCAAAUCCCGAGAUCGCAAGAUGGCUCGGAGAGUUACUUCUUCCGACACGGACACCAGGGUCUGCUGAGCGUGCAACCUCCGUCACCCAUGCCUUCCAGCACCACCCAGACAGACUCAUACCAGCCCCCAAGAAAUGUCUGUCAGCCACUUCGAGGGAAGCGGGAAGCCAUGCUGGAGAUGUUCCUGCUCAACCAGAUCUGUGAAGAGGUACGGGCCGAACAAGAACCCCCAAGGAAGCUCUUUGAGGCUGAGUCAGUAACACACCAUGACUACAGAGCGAAGCUGGUCCAAACAGGGCCUCCCGCCCCUACAAAGCCUCAUGAUUACCGCCAAGAACAGCCCGAAACGUUCUGGACACAGAGAGCACCACAGCUGCCGGGUGUCAGUAACAUCAGGACACUGGACACACCAUUCCGGAAGAACUGCAGCUUCUCCACACCAGUACCCUUGUCUCUAGGGCAGCCUUUGCCUUACGAACUUGAGAGUUUCCCUCACCAAAUGGGGGUGAUGUCUUCCCUUUCCUGUCAGGGAGGGGGGCAGGGCUGUGGAGGGCCAAGAACAGCUCCAGCCUAAGGGUGGAGGAGGAAAGUGGACCUGGAAUUUGGAAUUUAUUUCCGUCUAUACUGCAGAGGUAGGCGUGGGUGGAGUUAAUUCUCUGUACUUGAUGAGGGGGUUUCACAUAAAGCACUCUCCUCUGGAA